UCGGGCUUCUUGUGUUGCACGGAAUUAAAACAAGGAAGUGAAGCGAGAGAGGGAGUGGAUUUUGAAGCGACAGUACUUGGGGGGAGGGGGAAGCGCAGGGAAGCUGCUAAGGACGAGCAUCGCUAACCGGGGUUGCGGGCGAUUAGCCAGCCGGAAGUGGUUGAGGGAGUGUUGGUGGGGCCGCCGCCUCUUUAAUACUCAGCGACACAAUGCCGCAGCGGGAAACGCCGGGGAACGGAGCCAUGGAGGUGGGCCAGGUCUACGAGAGAACCACCGAGCCCAUCCAGAGUACCGGGGGCUUCUGUAAUUUAGGCUACUUCUCCAGAAAAAGAUGUAUUGCGAAGGUGUUGGAAGUGGUCUUUUCAUUUCUCGCCUUUGUUCUGGAAGAGGUGGUGGCAAUCUGCAACGUCUGUCAUGCACUUUAUUUCUUCGAGUUUGUCAGCUGCAGCGCCUUCUUCCUGACUUUACUGCUGUUAAUUAUAUUGGGUACUUCUCUGAGACAAAAAGUGGACAGAAUCGACUGGAAAAAAGUGGACAUUUUUUAUACUGCUGUGAUAGCGUUGUUUUUCGUGAUUGCCUCAAUCGUGUUUGCAGCCAAGAAUGGAGGAUCUGACUUGGAGAAAGCUGCUGUGGCAUUUGGAUUCCUGGCUUCUUUUGCCUUCGUAGUGGAUGCUGUGCUGUAUUUGAUAGAAGAGAAAUGGAGCACUAGCAGAAAAGAAACAGGGCCACCUGAGACAACAAGAAGCUCUGAAAAUGUCAAAGGAGAGACAGAUCCAUUGAAUGAUCCUGUAACUGUACCUGUCUGAGCUGCAGAGGCAAACCUCGUGUUUUUAAAGAAAAAUAAAUAAUUUACCUGUUUUGUAUGUGUGUAUUUUAAAUGCUUGGACUUGAUCCAAGAAAAUAAACUGUUCAAAGAUCUCUCGUCUUUGGCCUAAAUGUCAGGUGUUUCUUUUCCUAGUUGUGAGUCGAACCCAUGAUACAAAUUGCUGAUUAUCAUUUAAGCAUGAUUCCUUUAUGUAUAUAUUUAAUAGGCAGAUGGGAUAAGAUUAAUGAACUUGGUGAUCUGUGGUCAUACAGUGUGUUGGUGUUUCUGGUCUGAACCUUUUCCCUAUUAUGAAGAAUUUACAUUUUGUUCAUGGAAACUGGGAUUUAAAUGAUAUCAUAACUUGCAUAUUGUGCCUCUUAAUUGUUUAAAUCAAUCUUGUUAUAUCAAAAAUAGUCUUGUUUAUAAUUGUUUAAAGCAAAAUGCCAACAAAAGUACACUAAUAUUCACUUUCUUUACACAAUUUAGUCAAGUUGCUUGAACAAUGAUAUUUAAGUACCUGCUUUAUCUUGUAUUCAGUUUAAGUCUAUGAAUGGACUUCUGAAAUAUUUCUGAUAAUUUAUGUGAUUCUUAAAGGACUGCAGCAAUAUAAAGAACAAAAUGUCUGGGACUUUAUUAUUCCAGUAUAGUUUGUCUGCUGCAUUACCAGUAUAAGAAUCUUUGUCCUAUUAAAUAUCACCAUUGAAGGCUUCUUAAUAGUCAAACAUCUGUCUCUAAUUAGCCAUCUAACGCAAUGCUAUAUCAGUUGAGAUUAAUCCUGCAAAUAGAAAACCUACAGCACAAUACUGGCCCUUCAGCCCACAAAGUUGUGCCGAACAUGUCCCUACCUUAGAAAUUACUCAGCUUACCUAUAGCCCUCUGUUUUAGUAAGCUCUGUGUAUUGGCUAUAUUAGUAUAAUUUUUUUUUUUGAGAAUGCUAGCCAGUCUGAUUUUAACAUGAAGCUUUUAAAUACCAUCAUUACGUUACAGUGCUGUACAAAUACUUCUCCACAGCUGAAAAUGCAUGGAAAACUUUUUUAAAGAAAAAAAAUUAUUGGUGGUUGAACACUAGUUUUUAUGAAGUCAGCUGAGGCAAUUUUAGGUUGUCUUUAUUAAAGAACCACCACCUUUAAGAGCAUUACAGCUUAUUUGUAUAUGAAUUUGUUAUUAUUAUGUCCUCCUGAGCUGAUCUGCAUAGGAUUCAGAUCGAAUGUGUAUCACUCUUCAAAUUAAAAUAUUUACCCAUUUAUUAUUGUAAGCUUUUGGGCAACAGUGUAGCCUGUCACUAACUUGCAUAGAGAACGUAGUUAGUAAAAUUAGUAGAACAUACUGCUUUUAUCAAUUUUUUAAAUUUGUAUGUUUUAAGAUGUGUUUAAUAGCAUCAAUUUAGCAUGUGUCAGUAUGUUCUUCAAGCAUCUACUCAUUAGAAAAUGAGCGAUUAAUCAGAAAUGAAGUUAAAUGAUGAACACUUUUAGUGCUAUGUUUUAAUCGAGGUAGACAUUUACAAGCUACAGAAAAAAACAUUUAUAAACUGAUGUGAAAAUCAAGUCUUUGUGUUUUUUUUUAACUAACGCUGUAGACUUGUAAAACUCCAGGCGGUUACUGGUAAUAAAUGUGGUUCUCUGUA